UCAAAAAGUACAAUGUAAACAUGAAUCCUCUAUUUAUGUUUUUCUAUUUUACACAAACUUCACAAGAAUCAUAUUGAAGUUGACCUUCACCUUCAUAUUCAAAGUGAAAGUAGGACUGAUGGGUACAUUUGCAUAGAAAAUUUGUCAAUUUGUUCAACUGGCAAGAAGUAAAAUGGCAAGAUGGUUUUGUUAAAAUUUGGAAUCAUCUGUACACAGAGUGUUUUUACAAAGUCUGCUGCAACUGUAACUUUAAAUUGUUUACGAAGAUACACAUCACAACCAGUCAAACCAAAGAAAUUAAAAGCAGAAGGCUUUACAAAAGAUUUUUUCGUGGAUUUUAGAAGAGUUCAGGUAAUCGCCGGGAGAGGUGGUCAUGGCUGCAUCUCGUUCAACAGCGAGGCAGGAAAUGAGUUUGCUGGACCGGAUGGAGGAAAUGGCGGGAAUGGCGGACAUGUUAUCAUUUCAUGUACUGGGAAAAGAAACUCACUGGUACAUUUGAAGUCACCAAUGAAAGCAGAGUCUGGUAUAAAUGGGAGAAACUCAGACAGACAUGGAAAAAAUGCUGAACAUUUUUAUAGUGAGGUACCACUUGGAACAAUAAUCCGAGAUGAGGAAGGGAGGGAACUCUGUAGUUUAGAAUCAGAGAGUGAGUAUUACAUCAUAGCACGAGGUGGUGCCGGGGGUAAAGGGAACAAAUGUUUUGCUACGAGUACAGACACAACUCCAAGAUAUGCAGAGGAGGGGGCACAAGGGGAAGAUAGAGUUGUCUACCUUGAACUGAAAAUAAUGGCUCAUGCUGGUUUGAUUGGAUUUCCAAAUGCAGGAAAAUCAACCUUAUUGAGGGCCAUGUCCAGAGCCAGGCCUAAAGUGGCCCCUUAUCCCUUCACAACCCUUCAACCUCAUGUUGGUAUGGUAGAAUAUGAUGAUUUUGUACAAGUAUCAGUUGCUGAUAUUCCAGGACUUAUUCCCGAUGCCCACAAAAACCGGGGUUUAGGUUUUCAGUUCCUGCGCCAUAUUGAGAGAUGUAUGUGCUUAUUUUAUGUUAUAGAUUUGUCGGUGGAAAAUCCCUGGGAACAGCUAGAUCACCUUAAGCAUGAGCUAGAACAAUAUAAACCUGGCUUGUCAGAACGGCCCCAUGCUGUCAUUGGAAACAAGAUGGAUCUUAAAGUCGCUCAGAGUAAUUAUAUUGAGUUGCAAAAACGGACUAACCUACCAUUGUUCCCUGUUUCUGCAGAGAAAAAACUUAAUAUCAAACCUGUAUUAAUUCAUUUAAGACAACUCUAUGAUAAACACAAUCCUUCUAAUGAUCAUGGCUGAAAAAUGUUUCAUUAUUUGGAGAGUGUUUCUGUUAAUUAUUAAUGACUGAGAAUAGUUGAGAGGCAUAUAUUAUGACCAGCUCUUGUUCAAGUAAUGGUGAAAGUAAAUAUCCUUACAAACUUAAAAAGUACUCGUGUGCACAUGUUCUUCAUGUGCAUGUAAUUAAAAUAUGCUGUACAUGUAUAUCUGGCCCAGUUGUAAAGCCGUAAAUUCUUGUGCAAAAAUCGGUAAAUUCUUUUGCAAAUAUCAGUAAAUUCUUUUGCAAAUAUCAGUAAAUUCUUUUGCAAAAAUCGGUAAAUUCUUUUGCAAAAAUCGUGGCUAUCUACCAAAAAUGAUAACACAUACUUGAGGAAUUU